AUCCUACUUAAUAUUCCAACUUUGUUAUGAACAUGCUAGAAAGCCCUCUGCCAGAACAAAGAAGUAUUUGAGAGAGAUCAUCUGUUAGUCCAUCAUGUGCGCAGCAAGGUGGUACUCGGCAGCUUUCAGCUGUCUGGAUUUCGAGUUCUCUAUGCCGUCAUUAGGAAUAUUCCGGCGGUCGUGGGCCGAAAUAUUCAACCUGUCGUACUUCACUUCUGGGUGGAGUUUGAACUUGCAGAGCUUCGGGGGGUUCGGCUUCUCAAUACUCGAUGAUGUGCUGUGGACGUUGAUAACUGUGGUGGAGUCUUUGGCCUUGGCUUGUAUGCUUUGCUUCUUCUUUCUCUUCUGUGGUUGUACCCUUUGAUUAAUCCAUGUUAAUUUCUUGAUUAGUUCUUAUUUAUAUAUAUGCAGAUAUUUAGGUUGUGAAUAUGUUAGUAAAAUUUGUUGAAUUUGCAGAGAGAUGUUGGGUUCGUUGGCGAAAUUAAGUUGAUUAAUCAAUACAAUUUUGCGACAUUUGAUUGAGAUAAGUUGAUUCUGGAAUUUGAUUUAUGUUAGGAGUGCAUUUGUUUGGAAUUGAUUUUACAUUUCUUUGUCCUUCAAAUUUUAUGGUGUAAAUUCUUAAUUCAUUGCUAAUAUAAACUUCCUGUAAACUUGUUAGGGUUAGCUCAAGCGAUUAGGGAGGGUGAGAUAAUGUGUUAGGAAUGUGAUAAGUUAGGUUUGGUACUUGUAUUAUAUUCAUAUGUAACGUAUCACAUACUGUUGCAAGUGAAUCUCACAUCAGAUAAAGAAGGGGCAUUGCAUCUUGCAUGCUUAUAAGGCGUUGGUUUUAUGGUGGAACUUCAAUUUUUUUCAUUGUAUCAAAGUAGGUUGUCCUAUGGGUCAAGCUCAAUGGUCACAUGUGCUUCGCAUCAUCCGAUUUGUGUUGUCCACAUAAUAAACUUGAAAAUUGGACGCAUGUGAGGGGACGUGUUGAGAGUAAAUUAUUUCCCGGCCUUGCUUGUACUUAUAAGGAGUUGGGCUACUCCCUAUUGCCAAUUGAUUUUAUGGUGGAAACUCAAUUUCUUAACGUA